CGUUGUCGUCAUUGUUACAAUACGUUUUCGUUCGUGUUUCAGGUAUAUCGAUGCACAAAGGAUUUGCUUUCGUUCAGUUCACUAAUCCCUUUGACGCUCGCAGCGCCUGUGUCGGAGAAGAUGCCCGGACCGUUUUGGGACAAACAUUGGACGUAAACCUAGUGGCCGAACCGAAACCGCAUCAGACCGGUAGGAAAAGGCAAAACUUAUCGAAAACCGGAAACGACUGGGAAUAUUAUUACAACAGCUAUUACGCCGCUUCGUCAUCGACGAUAUCGCCGCAAACAGCUGGGACGGGCAACAAUUGUAACGGCGGUGGAUCAAAGGCUUCGAAACGUCAAAAGGUCAGCCAUCAGUUCUCGGCGAAGGGUGGUCGUAACCAGAACGGAGGGUGUGGUGGUGGUCAACCGACGCCCGGACAAGGUCUACAGCAACAGCCGCAUCACGCCAUCGUGCCGGACCAACUCAAACUCUACAGCAAUCCCGACAUACUUAUAUGUGGCAACUGUCGCGAGAUGUUCACCGAACUGCAAGGUCUAUUGGAUCACAAGAAGGAAUACUGCAAACUCAGGUUCACGUGCAAGUGUAACAACUCAGUCAAGCCCAAUUUCAACAACAAUAACAAAUGGCCCGGAAACUUGAACGAUGGAUGCUUGUCUCUGGUGUGCGUCCAGUGCAAAGAAUCGUUUGACAGCGCUUGGGAUCUCAUGGUGCACGCGCAAUCGGCUCACAUGAUGAACGUCUACCAGUUGACCACCAGGGACCAGGUAACGGCAUCGCCAGUGGGUACAGAAUCGGAAAACGGAUCAACGUGUUCCGUGGGCGCUCAAGUGAACAUUGACGAGGACGCAAACGGGUCGGCGGACGAGUCUCUGUGCGGUGGACGUAACGAAUUGUACGAACCGAUGGACAGCGAUCGUGAACCCAACCUAACCUCUCCGGCGACAAUGAGCUUCAUCAGUGAAACGGAAAAGGAGUUGGCCGACACGCCGCCGAUGACAUCGUCCUGUCAGACUUGUCUCAUCCAACAGCCUAACAUCCAAUCGCUCAUGGGCGUCCAUUGAACCGCAAACAAAUAACAAUAUUAUAAUAUACAAUAUAUACAUAAUAAUAUAUUAUAUCAUCAUUUCGUCGCCAUAAUAUAUUCUAGUAUAUUAUUAUAUCAUAUAAUUAUCUAUAUAGGUAAGCGACGACCCCGACUUCACGAUCUACGACCACCGAGGUUACACUUGGUUGUGUCUGUUUAUUUUUCGUUUUUUUUUUUAGAACAAAUCUUAUGCACUAUUUUUUUGGAAACACUAAUCUUUUUGAAUGUAAUAAGUUAUAACUCAUUUUAUAUUAAGAGAAAAAAAAUCUUUCACAUUUUUUAUAUGCACAAUAAUGUUGCUGCAUAAGAAAAUAUCUGUAAUCUAUUAUAAUAUUCUACAACAAACUAAUUAUACUGGCAAAAAACGUAUAAAAAUUAAAUAUUUCUGAAAAAAUAUUUUUAAGCUUGAUUUUUUCUUAAAGUUCUAGUCAAAAACAAGAUAUCAGUUGACUCUUAAACAAUUUUUAAAAUAAUAUUAAAUUGCUAUAUCACCCGUAUAAUAUUAUAUGUACCCACAAUAUUAUAAUACAUUGCAAUAAACAGUAUCGUCUUAUUUAAUACGAUUAUUCCACAGUGUAGUGGUUUUGAAAAAAACGGCAAGGACUAACUGAAUAAGGAACAAAUUCAAUACCAUGGUCCAAAAAAUAAUGUUAAAAAAAUGUUUUCCUCCUUUCGUCCAAGGUUAUUAAUAUUCUAAUAUCGUUUUUUUUUUAAAUUUAAAAAAACCUACCUACCGUUAAUAGCUGCCAUAAAUAAUUAUUUUUUAAUAUUUACGUAUUAAAAGGAAUAAACCAAGUUCCACUUUGGAGGAGGGGGGAGGCGGGUCGACCACAUCACCAUCCUUAAAACCACAACUUUUAUUCAAAAACAUAAAUAAGAAAAUAGGUACAAGACUCACGUGUACACUUUUAAGAAAAUUGUUUAGAUAUUCAGUAAUAGUAUUAUAAAAUACAUGUCUAUAUUUGAUGAAUUAUGCCAAUGUAAAUCAUUUUAAAUGUUUUAAUUAUUUUCAUUUACCAUUUUAAUAUUUUGAAUAACAUUAAAUAGGUUUAUAUUUUAGGCCUAUAGGCCUGUAUAUUUAAAAAAUUAUUUAAAUCGUGGGUAUUCGUGCUAAUUGUUUAUAAAUAUUACCCCAUUUUGGUUGGCUUCAUAUUUUGGGUAAAGGGGUAUUAUACAUCAGUACAUAUUAUUAUAGUACCGGUAUUUGGUCAGGAUUUAUUUUUAUGUUAGGACAUAAAUAUUUAAAUAACAAUAACAUCUAACAACCACAUUGUGUCGGACGACAAUGAAUGACAAUUAAAGAAGAAUGCAAACUUUCUCGUUUUUAAAAGUUGACUUGUUUUAGAGGUAAUUUAAAUCUUCUUAAACACACAAUGAAAAUUCUCCUUGAACUUUGUUAGCCACAUUCAACGAAAAAAUUAAUUGUAUACCUACUGUUUUAUUCACCUAUACGAUGUGAAUUUGAACGAAAUUUUAUUUUCCAGUGAUACGAUACAGUCUCAGGCUGCAUACAAAUACAGUGUAAAAAUAAUAUUUACCUAAAAUAACUACUUUACAUCACUGGGAUGGAAUCGGUUUAAAUUAAUUUUCUUUUUAGCUCUUAUAAUAUUAUCAAAGUUUAAGUCGUCUUACAAUACAACACACUAACUUCAAAAUCUGGUUUUUAAACAUUUUUCCAGACGAUUUUUGGGUUUUGCUAACUUUUUUUUUAAAUUACUCAAUAUUAUUUUAAAUACGUAUUAUAAUCAUGUAUGUAUAAUUAUUGUAUACCAACUAAAUAGCAAAUAUAGCUUGGGAUACGUUAGGUUGGGUUUUAUUUAAUUGAAUUAUUCUUUUCAAUAAGUUUGAAAAUGUGUCAGUAUAAUAUUUUUCCCACAUUAUAUAAUAUGUAAUAAAAUUAAAUAAACAAUGCACACCUCUACAAAUAAAUUGAAUAAAUUGUUGUUAUUUUUAAUCUCCAUAAGUUUGAACUUUCGCAGAUCUUUAUGAUCUUACUAUAGUUAGGUACACGUUAUAAUUUAUCAUCAACAGUUGAGAUUCUGAAAGAUUGUGAUUUUUAUAUUUCCAUAAGCUAAGAUACUGAAUUACUUAUUGUACCUACCUAUAAUAGUGGAUUGAUACGUACGUACGUGGUACGUGUCUUGUGCAAUUGCCUAAUAUUAUAUUAUUUCCAUUUCAGAUUAGCUUUUCGAACUAACACCGCCACCCGAACACUAGGCAACUUCUGCACCAUCGAAAUGGCCAAUGCCCAAUACAGCAAUAUUAUUAUUAUUAUCAUUAUCAUUAUUAUUGUAAUUUUAUUGUUGUUAUUGUUGUUAUUGUAAUAAAAUAUUAUAAUGUACCUAACCUACGACGCCUAUUGGAAAACAAUGACGCAAUACGUUUGUAUUAUAUUAAAUAAUGUGUUUAAGAACAAUCUGAUGCCCUUGACGAUUCCGUGCGGAAGUAUAUUAAUUAUUAUAUAGCAUUAUUAUUAUUAUUUAUUAUUAUUAUAUAGCAAUUAUUAUUGAUUUAUAUUAUGUUAGUUGAAAACGACAUUUUUGUCAAUCAUUUUAUUUAUCACCUCAACAUAAUAUUAAUUAUACGUUGAUUAUUGAAUAUCACCUAACCUGUGUACGGUGUACGUAACGCUCAUCGUUUAAGUCGCCUAUAAUAAUAUUUAUACCCAUUAGUGUAUCGUUUUUUAUUUUAAUUUAACUAUAAACUAUUAAUGCACUAUAACAAUAUCGAUAAUUCUACACAUGCAUAAUACAAUAAAUGUUUCAGUAUGCUGCAGAAUAUUUUUUUAUUCAUGACGAAACAAUAAUCAUAACUAUUCGGGUAACUAUACAAUGAUAAACACAGGGCAAUUCAUUAAAAAAUUUUACUCGUCAGAUUACAUUUGGGAAAUGUUACAAUCUUAUAUUAUAAUAAUAUAAUAAACAAAUCAUAAUGAACAAAUACGGUUAGGACUUAGGUUAGUUUUUUUUAGUGAUAUAUCGUAAAAUAUUUUGUGGAACAUAUAAUCAUUCCCAAAUGCUUCCUGGGUCAUUUUAUAGAUAAAUUUUUACGUUUUUUGGAAAUAUUUUUUUUUUUAGACAAUUUGAAGUAUUUUCAAUAUCACAUUUUUGAAAACAAAAUAUAUUUUUACCAUUUUUAUCGUUAUUAUUUUUAAAGGUUUUCACAUUUUUAAAUUAAAGCGUAUAUAUGAACUUAAUAUUAUGGUUUGGAAUAUGGAAUUUAAACGUAUGUUGUAUAAAAUAAGUAAAAAUGUAAAAAAAAUAAUUUAACGAUAAAAAUUGAUAAAUAAUAGUUAAAAUGUUUCCAAAAACCUUUUGAGUUGAGAAUGAGUAUUAACCUUUUAAAAGAAACGCCGUGUAAAUGAUCUGAUCGUAUUGAAGUCGCAUCGAAAUGAACAAAAAAACCGUUUCAAUAAUUAUAAUUGUUGCAUACCCACUCUGCACCAUACUGCGCCUAUAUAAUAUACCUACUUAUCAGUGUUAGGAAAAAACUCAUUGAUUAACAUAAUAUAUGUUGGGAGUUUAUAAAUAUUACCUACACUUAAAAUUUUAAAUUGAUAAAUUUCAAAGAAUAUAUUAUAUUAUAUAUUAUAUCCAUUGAAUUUCUCAAAAGUUAAUGAAAUUAAUCACACCACAUGAGUAAAAAAUAAAAGUUCAAUCGCAUUAUCAAUGAUUAAUUUUCUUUAGUUAUAUUUUUAUUAGUUAUAAGAUAUAUAUUUUACCCGACACUGAUGAUACUUCUUAUGAUAAUUAUAAUAAAUUAUGUGUAUAAAAAAUAUUUCUGUUGUUCACUCGACUAGCGUAUACUAAUUGUAUAGGUACGAUUUGUUUUUUUUUAUAUAAUGUUAAGUAAUACAUAUCAUUACGUUUAAACGCAUAACGGUUAGACCAUUAUGUAUCCAAAUUUAUAUAUUAUUAUUACAUUUUUCGUCAUACAUAUUAUAUUAUAUUCAUGUGUAUACUACAAUCGUAUUAUACCCACUUAGCCUACAAACAAUUGUGUGGUCUAAUAUUAUUGUACUCUAGUCUAAUAAGUUUAAUAAAUUGUUUGGCAAUAUUUAAUCG